AUGACAAUUCUCUCGGACUUUGCCGCUGCAUCAGCUCAUUUACAUGACUCUGCCAGGCUUACUAGCGGCGAGUAUGACCGUGGACUUCGCGAGUUGGUUGAAUACUCGAGGCGACUUCUAUCCACUAAAGCCCUUGACACCCUUGCCAGUGACGAAUCAAUCUUAGAUCGUUUCGACCCAACAAGAGAUUCUAUCCCAUAUCUCUUCAUCCUUCGACUACAAAUUCAGACGGCACAGGAAUCUACUGGCGAAAUGUUCCCAGCAAAAAUUCAACCCAAGGGGGCACUAUGGACACGGAGUGUGGUUUUCUUGAGGAAUUUUGAUGGGAUUCAGGUCAGAUAUGUCGGGCGAGAAUGGCGUGAGCUCGUUGAGAUCGUGGGGCAUGCUUCACAAGCUGUAUCUAAGGCAACCACUCCUAGCUACGAGGCUGCGCACGAGUCCGGUGUACCUUUUGUGACAGAUGCAUCUGGUCUUUCAUCCAAGAUAUCUCAUCGAGAUUAUUUACAAUAUUUCCUCUAUGGCGGUAUGGUGUACAUGGCCCUCAAGGAUUGGCCCAAGGCAUUUCACUUCCUUGGCGUUGUUGUCUCUGCGCCUGUUGCUAGCUCGGUGAGCUUGGUCAUGGUGGAAGCAUACAAAAAAUGGGUUCUAGUUGGUCUACUCAAACAUGGCAAGUUGUACCCACCUCCAACUAUCACGACCCCUCAUGUGAUGAAGAUAUAUCAGUCGAUCGCGAGACCUUAUGUUAUACUUGCAAACGCCUUUGAGCAAGGUGAUAUUCGAAGACUGAAAGCUGAAGCCGAUUCAGCAGAAGACAUCUGGCGCACUGACAAUAACACAGGCCUGGUCUCCCAGGUGGUGAACAGUCUUUACCGCCAGGCUAUCAUCAGGCUUGGCAAUACGUUCGCAGCUUUAACAGUCGCCGACCUCGCCAAACAAGUCUUCCCUUUCCCCGUGACUGAUGAGGUUGCCGAGUCUGUUAUUUUGUCCCUCGUGCUGGCUGGUACUUUAGAUGCCACAUUGCUGCAAACUCCAGAUCCGAUCGUGUCGUCAAUGCUGCGAUUUUCGGCUACAUCUUCAUUUACUCGGCUCUCGCAUGAGUUGGAUAUACAACUCCAACUCAAGAAGGAGCGAUUUGUAAUGGAGGCUUUGGUGGGAAAUGUCAUUGAGAGCAAUCAAAACCUCGGCUUGAGUGAUGAGUGUGUUGACAGUUUUCAUAAAGGACAAGCCUGGUCGGGUUCUGAGGUGAAUGCAAUUCUAGGGGAGGAAGUUGGCUUGGAGAUGGAUGAGGAUCUUAUGGGAGAUAUGCCGUAG